CUUGUCUUCAAAUACUUGUGACAUGUUUUUACCAGUGUAAAGAGUGUAAACGCACUAGUUAGUGUUCUGUUAGUGACUGUUAUAUAUGAAAGUAAUGCGCUCAUGUAAACAACAGAUGAUGAUGAAUAAUAAUAAUAAUGAAAGUGGAAGAUUUCUGCCUCCUGCCGUUAACAGGCUCAGCUAUAAGCAGCAUGUAGCAGCUAUGAAGUCAUUACUGCCGGACAGAUUGAAGCACAGAUCAAUUGAUUUGAGGUUGUCAAAUGGACAAAGGAAAGCCUUGAAUCUGGACUCCAUGAAGCCAAACUCAUCUAAAACUGAUGAUCGCCUGAAUGUGACCGUCAGGAAUCACAACGCUCCUGUGUUGACGUGUGAGAGCGAGUGUACGGCUCCAGAUCGUUGUCUUUUGUCUCUUCCUGUGUCUCUUCCGAUGGGAAUGGUUUGGGAUUUGUGUCCUCAGUCAUACAGGGUUCAGAUCCACAGGACCACUCGAAGCGCUCGGGCUGUGUACUGUCUGAGUAAAACAGUGAUACAUGGUGACACAGGAAGUGUGCGCAAUAAUUCAGCUCCAGGUUUUUCCUCCAGCUUCAGUUUGACAGGCGUCACCUCCACCUCAGAUAGACUGGACCUGGACAGGCGGGGUUUGGUGGAGUUACCUCAUCUAAACGGAGGAGAUAAAUUACGUCUCCUCAACCUACAGCAUAACUUCAUCUCUCACCUGCACAACCUGACUCUCCUGCCACACCUUGUGUACCUGGAUCUCUAUGACAACCGUGUGAUUGACAUGUCUGGCAUCUCCUCUCUCACCUCUCUGCGUGUACUUCUGCUUGGAAAGAACAGAAUACAGAAGAUUUGUGAUGUGGACGGUCUGAGUAAACUGGAUGUUCUGGAUUUACACAGUAAUCAGAUUUCUCAGAUUGAGAACGUGUCUGAUUUAGCCGAGCUCCGUCUGUUAAAUCUGGCAGGAAACCACAUCACUAAAGUAGAAAACCUGCAGGGAUUGAAGUCACUGACGGAGCUCAACCUCCAACACAACCACAUCAGAAGUGUGACGGGUGUGGAGCAUCUUCCUCGUCUGAAGCGGUUGUUUCUCAGUGCUAACAGCAUUAGCAGUUUUGAUGAACUGGCCUGUCUGUGGAAGUGUCGCUCUCUGAGUGAAGUGUGUGUUGAUGGGAAUCCUGUGGCGCUGGAGUCAUGCUACAGACAGACUGUUCUCCGCUGUUGUCCAUCACAUCUACAACUACUCGACAUGAAACGGGUCACAGAGGAGGAGAGACGCACAGCACGACGGGAGGAUGAGAAGAAGAAAGAGACUCAAAAACACACUGCACACAAGGAAAGACGUCGCCUUGCGAUUCAAAAUGCGGCUCAGCAGUGGGAGGGGUUAAAAGUGUGCUCAGAUGUUUCUGUCCACAAUGGUGUGAAGGAGGACGUAAGCCCUGACAGUAGCCCCGCCCACAGCCCCGCACUGACCAAUGGCAAUGCUCAGGAGACCUCGCCGGAUGAGCCCAGACGAUUGAGUCCACUUACAGUUUCUGCUGGAGGAAAUGAAAACAAAAUCAAAUCAUCCAGUCGACCAAACAGUCCCAGAGACCCCAGGUUGCAGGAGAGCAUCGGUCCAUGUGUUCAGAGUCUGUCCAUGUCUGACAGUCACAUAGCCGAAUUGGACGGCGAGACGCUGCGUCUGUUUGGCCCCGGGGCCCUGGAGACUUUAGAGCGCUGUUGGAGCGUUCAGACGGCCUCUAGUGUCACCACCAUCGCCUUCCGUUACAUCAGCUUUGACUCCAUCAUUCCCACAUUCCUGCGUAUUCGCCUGAAAUUCCCAAACCUCACGCACCUGAUGUUUAUGGAGACAAACAUCUCCCAUCUUCCUCAGCUGGCUGCUUUGGCUCAGAUCAGACGUCUUGAUCAGAUCACCAUUCAUCCGGAGGGGAAUCCUGUGGUGAACCUGACGCUCUGGAGAUAUUUCCUCAUCUAUAGACUUCAACAUCUAAACCUGCAGAAGAUCAAUGGAGUUGAGGUGAUGAUUAAUGACAUUAUGGCAUCUGAACGGAUGUUUGGUGCUCUUGGUCAUGUAGCUGCUACAGAAACACCUCGCUGUCGCCUGCUACUGCUACUGGAAGAGUCCAGAAAACGACAGCUGCAGUUUGUGUUGGACGGGCGCGGGCGGAGGAGCGGACAGAGUCCUGAAGACCUGAAGGAGAACGGAAAACAGCUGGGAGAUGCUUUGAGUCGAGCACUUAUCAACUAUCCCAACAGAACAUCAGACAGUCCUGAGGAGGGCAGCAGCAGUGAUGUGUCAGAUCGUUCUGUGAUGGUGUCGCAGUAUCUCAGAGGUCUCAUUAACAGAGCAUCCACUCACAAUCUGAAGGGUGAUGCACUACAGAAACUCUGGCCGUCUCUCUUCACAGAGCUGGUGAGAGACAGUGUAUUAGAGAUGAAGGACAGACCGGUCUUCAGACAGACCUGUCUCCACCGCCACAGAGAAAGACUCUUGAAAUAAAUGAUUCUAACACCUAGGACUGAUUCAACUGAUUUCAGAUCAGACACGCGUGACACUCCUAACCUGACCUGUACAACAUUGAUAUUUUCUGUUUUACCUUUACAUUUAAUCAUUUAGGACUCAAUUUAUAAUUUCUUCUUUGCAAAAUAUAGUAGAAAUAUACAUUGUAUGAUUUUUAAAUAUAUUUUUAAGACUCUAAAUACAUUCAUAAAGAUUAUCGCCUGUCAUUCUAAUGGCAAGGUUGAAAAAAGAAAGAAAAAAUGAGAAAUGUUGCACUAAAGGAAUGUACUAAUUGCAACCUCUUUACUCUAAAGUCCGAUUUAAAAGUAGAUUAUAAACAAUGUGUUUGAAUGAAUCUCAUUUUCUUUCAGUGAAUUUCUUCUCUUGUUCAUCCGGUAACUUUAACUCACCGUCAGAAACAAACUACACAAAUAAAGAUGUGAACCUGUUGUGAAACUGAAUGAGAUGAUCUGCUUGUGUUUUUGUGUAACACAUUAUGAUGAAGUUUGUGUUAUUAAUGUCUGUAUGAGACGUGAUGUGGUAAGAUCAAGCCCGUUCUUUCAUAAGCAUUCAUUUGUUUUGUGUUUUGAUACUCAUUAAAAGAAAAUGAUCAGGAACAUUUUGCAAAUAAAUUUAAUUUCAUAGAUUUCAUUUGGAGAUGAAAGUAAGGAAAUAAAAGAUAGGAAGCUUUCAAACACAGACAUGGACACAAACUAACUAACUACUGACUAACCAUGUUUAUAAUCACACACACACAUU